AUGGCAGAGAUCCUGAAGAAGCUGGACCAGCGGAUGCCCAAAGUCACUUUUAGGGACCUGGAAGCCACCACAAGUGCCAAGCACAGCAAGGCCGCUCUCCUGAACCGCAAAGACUCUUAUUGUGUUGGAGACCACUUGACGGUUCGACUGGACGCAUACGAUCAUUUGGGGAGGAGGAAGAAGUACGGAGGGGACUUCCUAAGAGCCAGGAUCUAUUCAUCCCAUCUUAAAGCUGGGGCUUCGGGCCUCAUAGAAGACUACCGGAAUGGCACCUACCUGGUGAAUUUCACUUUAUUUUGGAGAGGAGAAGUCAGAGUUUCCAUCUUGCUCAUCCACCCCAGUGAAGGAGUUUCUGCGCUGUGGGCAGCCAGGAAGAAAGGGUAUGGAAAAAUAGGCUUCACUGGCCAGUUUUUAAAUGGCACCUCAGAUGUCUUCACCAAAUGUGGCUUUAAUAUAACCACCGAGGAGGAGCAGUGCGAGUAUCUCGAUGAGAGAGACCAAGAGGCCUUCUACUGUGUUAAACCGAAGCACGUCCCCUGCGAAGCCUUCACGCACCUGAAGUCCCACAACAAACCAGUGUCCUACCUCACGGCCUUGGAGAAAAGUCUUCUUUACAGGAACAACACUGGUAUUGAGAUCCCACAGACGUUUGGAGCCAUUCAAGUAUUGUCCUGCAACAGGAGUGAAACAUGGGCCCGAGAAAAAUGCAGGACAGGGAUGGAGUCAACCCUCCCCAGUGGCUACGUUUUGCAGAACGCCUGGCAUCCGGAUUUCUGCUCUCUCUCUGAUUUUAGCACCACAGACCAGGUCCAUGCUUGUCUGAAGAAGAAGAUGGUUUAUCUCAUGGGGGAUUCAACGUUACGCCAGUGGAUUUAUACCCUUGCCGAGAAGGUGAAAACUCUGAAGUUCUUUGACGGCCACGGGAAAGGGGUCUUCCGGACGCAUCUGAUUAUGGACCCGGAGAGGAAUACUUUGGUUCAGUGGAAAAGGCAUGGGCAUCCCUUUGUGACAUUGCAGCUCUACUCAGUGAAAGACCAUGAGUACGUUGCCCAUGCAAUUGACCGAGUGGACGGUGGGGAAAACACAGUCGUGGCCAUCACCCUGGGCCAGCAUUUCCGACCCUUUCCUAUUCACCUCUUUGUGAGGAGGUUGCUGAAUGUCCGGGAAGCCAUCCUCCGCUUACACCUGAGGAGCCCCAGCACAAGAGUCAUCAUCAAAGGAGAGAAUAUCCGGGAGAUGUACAUAGACCCAGAGAGGCUGGGCGAUGUCAACGGCUACCCCCAAAACCUCGUCACAAGGGACAUCUUUCAGGGUCUGAAUGUUGGCUUCAUUGAUGGAUGGGAUAUGAGCAUCGCCUAUGGCAUAAAUCAUGUCCACCCAGCCAGCCAUAUAGUCUGGAGCCAAAUCAUUAUGUUUUUAACAUACAUUUGUUAG